CGUCGUCCGCUCCUCCCACGGCGCGGCGGGUCCGGUUUCCGGCGGGAGCGUGGAUCUCUCCGCGGAGGUGAGGCUGUUGCCUGUGGCGCGAACCUGGUCGCAGGCUGGUCAGUCCUCUCCGCUGGUGCGCGCCAGGAUGUCUCAUUUGGAAAACGUGGUGCUUUGUCGCGAGUCCCAGGUGUCCGCCUUGCAGGCCCUGUUUGGAGAGAGACAUCAUUUCAGCUUUCCAUCCAUUUUUAUUUAUGGACAUACUGCCAGUGGCAAGACCUAUGUAACACAGACUUUGUUGAAAACUUUAGAGCUCCCACAUGUCUUUGUGAAUUGUGUUGAAUGCUUUACCUUGAGGUUGCUUUUGGAACAAAUUUUGAACAAAUUAAAUCAUUUUAAUUCUUCAGAGGAUGAAUGUUCUACUGAAAUAACCUGUGAAACAUUAAAUGACUUUGUUCGCUUGUUUAAACAAGUAACUGAAGCUGAAAAUCUCAAGGAUCAGACUGUAUAUAUUGUUCUAGAUAAAGCAGAGUAUCUAAGAGAUAUGGAAGCAAAUAUUUUACCUGGGUUUCUUAGGUUACAAGAACUGACUGACAGAAAUGUGACUGUUAUCCUUCUGAGUGAAAUUGUUUGGGAAAAGUUUCGUCCAAGUACCGGAUGCUUUGAGCCAUUUGUCUUGUAUUUUCCAGAUUAUAGCAUAGGGAACCUUCAAAAGAUCCUGUCCCACGAUCAUCCUCCAGAGUAUUCAUCUGAUUUCUAUGCUGCCUACAUUAAUAUUCUCCUUGGGGUUUUCUACACAGUUUGUCGGGAUUUGAAAGAACUCAGACAUCUGGCAGUACUUAAUUUUCCUAAAUAUUGCGAACCUGUGGUUAAAGGAGAAGCAAGUGAACGUGAUACUCGCAAACUGUGGAGAAAUAUUGAACCUCAUUUGAAGAAAGCCAUGCAAACUGUUUAUCUCAGGGAAAUAUCAAGUUCCCAGUGGGAAAAGCUGCAGAAAGAUGACACCGAUCCAGAACAGCUGAAAGGUCUCUCAGCACAUACUCAUGUGGAACUUCCGUAUUACUCUAAGUUUAUUCUGAUUGCUGCAUACCUCGCUUCUUACAAUCCAGCAAGAACUGACAAGAGGUUCUUUCUUAAGCAUCAUGGGAAAAUCAAGAAAACCAACUUUAUAAAGAAACAUGAAAAGACAAGCAAUCAUCUCCUUGGACCAAAAUCAUUUCCAUUAGACAGAUUAUUAGCAAUAUUAUAUAGUAUCGUGGACAGCAGAGUUGCUCCAACAGCAAAUAUCUUUUCCCAGAUUACUUCUCUAGUGACCCUUCAGCUGUUAAGCCAGGUUGGCCAUGAUGAUCAGCUUGAUGGACCAAAAUACAGAUGCACGGUGUCUCUAGACUUCAUUAGAGCUGUUGCGAGGACAGUGAACUUUGACAUAAUAAAAUACUUGUAUGAUUUCUUGUGAAAACAAGCUUCAAAGCCAUAUGGACACUGUGACAAUGACUAAGCCAAGCUGUGUUCAUCCAACUACUGAGCUGGCCAAGGAGAGGAGUUCUUUGGCUCUCUUGGAUUUGUCCAAACAGGUGCUGGCCCAGCGUGGAAUCUGAUGAAAAUACUCUGAUUGGUCUGGGUGGAUGUGAGCAGAAGACUAUUUACCAGGGACCCUGGAGUAUUUGGAAGCAACGUGUUAAUUAUAAACAGCAGGGUUUGAGCACAAUCUGUUCUACUCUUAAUGAUGUUAUCUUAACACUGAAAUUGCCUGAAACCCAUUUACUUAGGACUACAUUUUGCUCUGUGAACUAUCCCCUGCGCUUUGAACGUGCCAGCAGCCCUUGUUUAUAUGCCCAGUCUUUUCACUUCCUCGCUACAGGAGCCUCUGCAGUUGCUUGCCAAAGCAGAUUUUCCUAAGGCCACCGUUUUAAAAGAUCAUAGUUGCAAAAUAUAGUAAAUACAAAAGGCAAGGUAGUUCGAUCAGAUAUAGACCAGCUUUCCAUCUCUAAGCUAACUCGAUAACUACAGUGUGCUUGUGUAGGUUUAUCUGGUCAUUCUCUGGCAAGUGACCAUCCACCCCAGCUUUUUAUCAGCAUGAUGGCUUUCUUUAAUCAUUGGCCUUUAAGAGUUUCACAAUAAAAUUUUUUUCCUGUUAUUUUAGUUAUGAACCUUGGUUCUGAUUUUCUUGUCUGUUCAUAUUUUUGAAGAAGUUUUUGUUAGCAUUUUAAAAUUAUUUUGAGGAGAUUUAAAGUAUUUCAUUGCAGAGCUAAACUAUUUUAUUCUUUCAUUCCUUUUUUGAAGAAAAUUCUCACACUAGGCUCUCUCAGACAGACUUUUCUAUGUAGUGCUAAGCUUUCAAAGAAAACAAGUAGUUACCUUCUUGCUUUUAUUUAGAGAUAAUCAGGGAGAAAAGGAGUGGAAUUCCUUUUUACUCUCUUUGUAAUACAACAAGGGAAGAUUUUCUUGCCCAAAGUGUGGCAUCCACAAGUGGCAGCACAUCCUACUCACCCUCUUACCCCACAGAAAAUGGUGACGUUUCAUGUUUCUCAAGAUGUGGAGAGAAGCCAGGACCAGUUAAAGUUGUAUAUCGUGUGGAUUCAGGCUUAGGUUUCCUAUUCAUAUAAAUCCACAUGACAUCAAGGUUGAAAGCAGUGUGGGGUGCUGAUUUAAGGAAGAGCAGUGCCACCUGGCAUAGUUUAGCCCCUCAUAUUUUGCUAUGCAGACGCAUGUCUGCUGUGCAGCCUGUCACAGAUAGGGUCAGUCUGCAUUUUGAAGGAAGAACUGUUACAUUAGCAGAGGAGGAGAGAUCAUUAAAUAGGAAACUGGGCAGCACAGAAAGGAGGUAGAGUUUUUUUAAAGUGACUGUCCCAUGCUUUCCCCUCCCUGCUGGUCACCUGUCUCCUCUGCAGAAUGUUUCCUAUUCUGUACUGCCCGAUGCCUUGGUACCAGCCCAGCGUGUGGCUUCCGUGCUUAAUACCUUGUAACCAGAUUUUCCCUGGUUUUCCUGAUUGAGCUAUCAGAACUUUCCUGUUUUAUAUUUUCUAAUAGUUUGUUAAAUGACUUACUAAUUUGAUUAAUUUAUUUAAAUGAAGACUAACAGAGCUUAAUAUGGAUAUUAGCAUUUUAACAACAGUCAUCUGCAGAUGUAAUUCUCUAAAUGGAAGAUAUAAAUCUUCAAUUACAAGAGGGAAUCCAGUGAUGAAAAUUAUUCUGACUGGUGGGCCAGAAAUUUCUAUUAAAAGAAGGCACUUAAAUUGCAUUCAACAUCUACUCUACCUAGAUGUAAAAGUUACUUAGGUUACUAAGCUAUGGAUUUUUAAAAUAUCUUUCAGUUACCAUGAACCAGUUAUACAUAGGUAGGGGCCUUACUUCUUCCUCCCUCUUACUUUUGAAUCAUUUUCAGUCUCUGGAUCAGUCUUCAUUGAUGAAACAAUUCCUUUCGACAGCUCUGGAAGGGAUUCUGAUCCCCAAGACUUACCUCAUUAAGCCCUAAACUCACAAAGGGAUCAAGUCUUUAUACCAGGGCGCUGUUUGAACUCUAGACUACCUUAGAUCAAAUACCUGACAUAUGAAUAUUGGCUGUGCGGCUUUAGGCAAGUUAUUUAACCUGUUUGUACUUCCUGUGUUCUCACCUGUAUAUUGGAGAAAAGAAUUUACCUCAUAGAGUUAUUUACAGGAUUCAGUAAAUUGUAUAUCUAAUACAGUAGUUGUCCACUGAGGGCAAUUUGUCCACCAAGGAACAUUUAGUAAUUUAUGGAGACAUUUUUGCACAGUUGGGUGUAGGGUGGUGAGGGGAGAGGCCAGGGAUGCUGCUAAAUGCAAUAAUGUGUCCCCCACCCUCCCAUCCCCCAUUUUUGGUUUUGCUUUCCUCAGUUUCAGUUAUCUGUAGCCAACCUCAGACUAUGGUCUGAAAAUAAUAAAUAGAAAAUUCCAGAACCAAUAUAUAAGUUUGAAAUUCAGUACUGUCCAGCUACAUACCACCCAGGAUGUGAAUCAUUUCUUUGCCUAGACUGUCCACACUGUAUACUCAUAUGCCACUCAUCUGUUAAUUCCUCAGUAACCAUCUAGGUUAUCAGAUCACCUGUUGGAGUUUCAUAUCACUUAUGUUCAAAUAACCUUUACUCAGUGACCCCAAAGUACAAGAGUAGUGACAGUUUGGAUAUGCCAAAGAGAAGCUGCAAAAUAUUUCCUUUAAGUGAAAAGGUGAAAGUUCUCAAUAAGAACAGGGGGGAAAAAAAAAAAACAAUACCACAAAACCGCUGAAGUUACCAAGAUCUAUGGUAAGAAUAAAUCUUCCAUCUGAAUUGUAAAGAAGGAAAAAGAAAUAUGUACUAGUUUUGCUGUGCAUCUCAAACUGCAAAAGCUAGGGCCACACUGUAUGAAAAUGUGCAUAAAAUGGAAAAGGGUGGAAGAUAAUAAUUUGUGGGUGGAAGACAUGAACGGAAACAUGUUCCAAUUACGGGAAUUGGGUUCAGUACAAUCCAAGAUUUUCAGGCAUCUACUAGGAAUCUCAGAACAUACUGCACAUAAAGGUGGACAACUGUACUAAAACACACAUCUCUUAACAGUUAUAUAGCCCAAAAUGUGAAUUGUGCAGAGGUUGAGAAACCCUAAUCUGAGUAAGGUAUCUUAGUACAAAGUAAGUGCUCAAUAAAUGCUAGCUAUUUUUAUUAUCAUGAAGUAUUUUUGACCUAGAAAGGAGAUAGUGAGGGAAUGUGGCAACUCAUUCUAACUACUAAGAGAUGUAUAUCUUUUUUUUUUUCUUACUUUCUCUUGCCUAAUCAUACUUGGAAAAAUUUCUUGUUUAAAUUUUGGAGUUACUCAAAUGGGCACAAUACCUUGGAUUCUUAUUUUUAGAAUUGAAAGGUCUGCUGGGCUCUAAUCCAUAUGCAGAUUUCACUACUUAUUUUUUAGGAUCCUGUGAGAUAUUUGAAAGUAUAGCUAAAUAAUCAAAACAGAGAAUAGGUGACUGAGGACUUACAUUGUUCACCCUCAUGGUGUAACAGCUGAACAAUCCAUACUUCCAAUGGAUUUUGUUAACCAACUGGUUAAUAUAAUUAAGAUGACCUACAGCAUAAAAAACUCAGACAUGCAGAAGCCUAUUUAGUCUCUCCAAAGUGUGCACCACUCUGCUUUGUGCUAUUUAAAGAAAAAGUAAUGGAUCAAGUCCAAGAAUAAUACAUAUCUUAUCAUAUUAAUUACUCAGUAAGUCCAAAAAUAGUAGACGAAAUUCAGAAACUGCACAGAGCUGUAAGAGCAUCCUUCACUGCUGCCUGAAGUCUCACACUAUUGUGUACCACAGUUGUUUGCAUUUUAUACCUUUAGCCAUAGGCAGAGAUGUGGAUUGGAGAUAAUUAGACUAGAGGUUGAUAUUAUUCAGCUUCAUCUCCUACUUUUGAAAGCUUUUACUACAAAGUAUGCGGCAUAUCAUGUGAAUAGUUUAGAUAAUUUUGCAUGUAUUUAGUCUGCUGGCACAAUCUGCUUUCAGAAAUGCUUAGUAGAGCUCAAAGAAAUUUUUCCUAUCAAGAAACCAACAUUUCACUCAAAUUUGCUCUUAAAUGCCCUGAAUGCACAGUUAAUGUUCAUUUUCUAGCAGUGAUACACAUUUAUGAGACACAGUAUGAGAAGUAGGAAUUUGGUAGAGCAGAGAAAAUUGUAAUCAAUUCAUUCAUUUAACUGCAUGUUGAUGCACAGUAAUGAUAGGAAUUUUAGAAGGCAUUCAAGUGUUUGAAUAAAUAGUGGUAGCUUUGGCAUGAUGCAAAGAGCCUGGUUUUAGAGGCACUAGAGAUUUGCCUGAGUUUUGGAUAAACCAUACUCCAUUUUAUUGCUCUUUCCAAGAGUCGAGGAUCUGAUUUUAAUGGCAUUUUCCAUUAAAGUAUUCAAUAUUCAUUUAGCAAAUUCUCAGUACAGCUGAAUGCCUUGUGUUAGGUGCAAGGAAUACAACAGUGGACAAAGGAAACAGGUUUCUGGCCUAAACAAUAGGUGCUAUCAUUGUAGAGCCAUUCCUGAAAUAGAAAAUCCUGGGGGAGGACUAGGUCUGCAGGGGUGGGGAAGAUUAGGAGCUCAAUUUUGGACAUGUUUCCAUUGAGGUACUUGUGUGAAAUCCAAAAGGAAAUGUAAAAUAGGUAGUUAGAUCUAGAUUGGAAACUAGAUUUACUAGAAAUAUAAACAGUGGUAUUAAUGAGGAUAAGAGGUAGUUAUAUGGUGACUUAGAGAUCAGAGUCUAAAAAGGACUUACAGGGAAAGACCAUCUCAAAGUGAAUUAAAGAAAAUACAUAUUAAUAGAAAGUAUUCACCCCCUUUGUUCAAGAACUAUAAAUUAAUUUUAUUUUUUUCUUUAACUGUUCUCCACUGUUCAUGUAACCCUCGUUCCCUUCAGCAUAUGAAGGGGCAAAAAGAGACAUAGCUAAGUCUUAUUUAGUUAGUAUCUAGCCCAAAAAGGAAAAAUCAAACCCACAUAGCAUCUUAAUUCUAUAAAGAAUGUUAGAUCACAUGGUCUUCCCAUGUGCUAUCUCCACUUCCUCAUGGCCUGGUGACUAGGUUCUGAAAGCCACAUCCUGGGAGAAAUGAUCAGAAGCUGCAUGGCCUUUUCUUGUCUAGGCUCAGGAGUCACAUAGCAUCACUUUUGCAGCAUGGUUUUUGUCAAUCAAGACUGUGCUAAAGAGCCACCUGUGUUUAAAAGGAGGGGAGUAGACCUACCUCUUGGUGAAAGGAGUGCCAGAGAAUUUGUAGACAUGCUUUAAACCACCACACAGAAUAUAAUAGGUUGAAAAUGUUAUUAUGGGAUACAGAAGUAAUAUAUUUUAUGUUAUCUCAAAGUUUGAAUUUGUAUGGCAGAGAUUGCUGGUUGCCCACAUGUCCUACCCUUCCCCCAGGUACCUUUCUCUGUACUGUGAAAGCACAGUAGCCUAGGCUGCAAGAAGACCAGUAUGAUUAGAGCAUAACAAAGAAGGGCAAUUGUGGUAGGAAUUGAAAUCAGAGAAGUGAUGGGAGCUAGGUCCUACAAGGCCUUGCAGUUAAUUGAAGGACCUUGGUUCUUAGUCUGUGUGAGUUAAGGAGUGCUGAAGAUAGUUGAGGAGAAAAGUCAAUGAGCUGGCUUAGAUUUUGGAAAGGAUCGCUGAAUGCGAUGUUGAGAAUAGGCUGUAGGGAGCCAAAGGAGGAAGCAGGAAGAUUAGUUAGAAAAUUAUUAAAAUAAUGCAGGUGAUUUGGGUGGCGCCUGUGGCUCAAAGGAGUAGGGCACUGGCCCCAUAUGCCAGAGGUGGCAGGUUCAAACCUAGCCCUGACCAAAAAAAGCAGGUAACCAAUAAUGGUGGCUCAGAUAAGGUUAGCAGUGAAAGUGAUGAGAAGUCAGAUUCUGGGUAUAAUUUGAAAUAAACUUCUAUAGGACUUGCUAAAUAAUUGGGCAUCAGUUGUGAAAGGGUCAAGGAUAACUUCAGAGUUUUUAAUCUGAUCAUCUGGAAUAGUAGAGUUGACCCUAGCUGAGAUGAGGAGGACUGAAAGGGAAGGUGUUUAGAGGCACAGAGUAAGAGGUUCAGGUAUGAGCAUAGUAAGGUAGGGAUCUCUAUUAGAUACCUACUAUAGUUUGAAUGUCUAUGUCCCUCCAAAUUUUAUAUUUUGAAACAUAAUCACCAAUGUAAUGGCAUUAAGGUGAUUCGGUCAUGAAGGCUCUGCCUGCAUGAGUGGAUUGAUUAAGUGACCUUGUAAAAAGGUGUGAAGGAGCAGCUGUUCACCCCUUUUCGCUCUUCCAUCUCUUGUGCCAUGUGAAAUCACAGCAUUUUUCUCUUGUGUUCUUUUGCCCGUCUGUGCCUUCUAUCACAUAAGUUCAUAGCUCUCCUCCCUUCUGGAGGAUGCAGCAACAAAGUGCCAUCUUAGAAGUGGAGAGCAGCCCUUGGCAGAGACUGAAUCUGCUAGGCCCUUAAUCUUAGACUUUCAAACCUCCAGAACUGUGAGCAGUAAAUUUCUAUUUGUUAAUUACCCAACUGUUUGGUAUUUUGUUAUAGCAGCUUGAAAGAACUAAGACAUUAUCUGAGUGGAUGUCAAAUAUGCAGUUCAGUAGACAAGUCUAAAAUUCAGGGUAAAAGCCCAGGCUAGAGGCACAAACUUGGAAGUUGUCAGUAUAAAUGGAAAUAUGUAAGGGAAAAUUACAUGUGGGUAAUUAGCUCCUCUGGGUUAAGAAACUUCAUCUAUUCAAUGGAAAGUGCUGAGCUCCUGCAUAGGAGCAGAGUUUCUUUAGAGAAGGUGGACCUCCCUUCCUUGGAGAGUUGUUCCUAAAUUCUAAGGGCUGUUUUGGUAAUCUUUUCUAUGAGAAGAUAGGAUUUGAGAUACAAUUGAAAUUGCCUUUCUAAAGUGCUUUAAAAAAAAAAAUUCAAAUACUGAAUAAUUACAUUUUAAAGUAAAAUAUCAAAUGGCCCUUGAGUAUUAAGGUAAAGGAAAAUGUUGGGCACAAUGGUGUAUGCCUAUAGUCCCAGCUACUCAGGAGAUUGCAGCAGGAGGAUCAUUUAACUCUGGGCAACAUAGUUAAGACUUUGUCUGUAAAAAAAUAAUAAUUAAAAAAAUAAAGAAUUUACCCAGCACAGUGGCUCAUGCUUAUAAUCAUUGCAUUCUGAGAGACAAAGCAGAAAUUUGCUUGUGCUCAAGAGUUAAGAGACCAACCUAAGUAAGAACUAGAACCCAUCAUUAUAAAAAAUGGAAAAAUUAGCCAGGCAUGAUGGUGUGAGCUUGAAGUCCCAGCUACUCAGGAGACUGAGGCAGGAGAAUCACUUAAGCGCAAGAGUUUGAGGUUGCUGUGAGGUAUGAUGACACCACUGCACUCCAGCAAAGUUACAGGGACAGAAAACAGAUUGUUGCCCCAUCCUGGGAGUGGAGCCAUUGGAUUGACUAUAAAGAGUCAGGAGGAAACUUUAUUGUGGGUAUUGAAACAUUCUGUGUCUUGAUUGUGGCCAAAGUUAAAUGUCUGCAUUUUCUAAAAUUCAAAGAACUAUACACCUAAAAUGGAUGAUUUUAUUGUGUGUAAAUUAUAUUUCAUUAUGACUAGGUUUUUAAAGAAAGACCCACCUAUGUGCAGUUUAUAAGAAACUCCAUUUAAGUAUACAUCCAAAAAGUAUAUUGGUUAAAAUAUUAAGCCCAUAAAAGGACAGUUCAACAGCUACACACUCAACAGUGAGCAAGUGCUCAGCGGAGGCUGAGGUUUUGGUUAAGACUCAAUGACAACUAGGUUUGUAAAUAUGCUUCCCAGCGUUAGUGACAUUUGAUAGUUAUUCUGGUUGGAAAUCAGUGUCAGCAGUAGUAAAAUUAAAUUAUAAUUGGCAGGACAGAAGAAUAUAUAUGGGGAGAAAAUAACCAAUACAAAGAAAUAACUACGAACAUGAGGAUUAGAGAACAAGUGAUAGCACCAUCAUGGAGUGUUUUUCCAUCUGACAGAGUCACUUACUUUAAGGAUCAUCUACCCAUGACCUUGAUGAAAUCCAUAUCGUCACUUAUAGACAGUGUCUUUAUAACCAAGUUCUACUGAAUAUGUAUUCGUUAAGUGAAAGAAGCCCUAGGAAGCUUCAAUGCUAGACAGGUGCUGGGUGAUUGGGCAUAGGGAAUUGGCUUUGUCAUCAUACAGUGGCUUGACAGCUAAGAAGGUUAGGCUUGGGGCUGGGCCAUGGAGUGUUGUAUGAGGACAUGGGAUUAUUCCAGUUGAUGGUAUUCCUGCAGAAUUUUCUUCUACCUAUUUUCACAUCAGGUGAAGAGAUAACUGUAUUUCUGGUUUAUUGUUUGAUGAAGGAUUCUUAAAAUGAAAAUGCUUACUGAUAGUUGUUUAUGCCCACAGAAGCCUAAAAAAACCCCAGAGAAUUAAAGCAAGCAAUUUCAGUGGAAAGGUGACUACUUUGAAAAAUCAGUGACAACUUUCAUCCUUGUUAGGUGUUAAGGCCAGAAAACGAUCUGACUUUCUCAAAUGAUUUAGGGCCUCAUGUUUAUUAUUUUUUAUUGUUCAAGGUUAUUCUACCUAAGUUAGGCUUCAACUGGCCUUCACUCUUCUCUCUUUGUGGUGAUGAGAGGUACUUCUUAGAGUCCUUGCCCUGAUCUGCUGUUUCUCAUCUACUGUUGGUCGAAGUCUUUCAAUAGCAUGUACCUUUAUUAUAGAUGGACCAGAAUGUCAGUCAUCUUUAAGAUGAUGAGUAUCUGUGGAGAAAUUCUGAACUAGAGGUAGAUUUAGGACUCACUGGUUUAUGUCUUGUAGCUAAAGCCCUGACCAUGAAUGAGAACCUACAAAAAUCAAUAUUAGAGGAAAAGGCCGUGAUAGAUGCUAGAGAGAUUUGAGUCAUUGAUGCAAGGAAGAAAGUUUCAACCGGCAAGAGUAUUAACUCUGUCAAAUCACAAAGUUUAAUAACAGAUAUGGUCAAAAAUUUACCUGUUGCACUUGACAAUUAGCCGAAAUGACUUUAUUAAAAGCAUUCUCAUUGGAAUUUAGGUUGAGUAGAAGACAGAUUGCAAUAACUUGUAGUCAGAAUCUUGACUCUGAAAGAAAGUAAUUCUUAUGGUUUAAACUGUGUCCCCCGAAAAUUAUACACUGAAGUCCUAUCCUCUGUACCUCAGAAUGUGAUCUUCCUUGGAAAUAGGAUCUCUGCAAAUAUAAUUAGCUAAGAUGAGGUCAUUGGGGUGGGCUCUAAUCCAACAUGACUAGCAUCCUCAUAAGAAGGGGAAAUUUGAACACAGACAUGCAUUUAGGGAGAACGCCGUGUGAACCUGACCAUGGCCAUCUACAUGUCAAGGACAGAGGACUGGAACUGAUUGUCCCUCAGAGCCCUCAGAAGGAACUCACCCUCUGACACUUUUAUUUCCCACUCCAGAACUGUAAGACAAUAAAUUUCUGUUGUUUAAGCCAUCCAAUUUGUGGUAUAUUUUUAUGGCAGUCCUAGGAAACUAAUGUAGUAGUAUAGAAAAACUCAGGGUUGAGGAAAGCUGAUCUUUUCAGAGUAUGGGAAAAUUGAAUGUGUUGACGUGCAUAGCAAAGGAAUAAGAUAGAGGACGUGGCAAUGAUACAGAUGGGGCACAAUACUGAGGAAAUAGACUUUGGCAAGGUGUUUUUCAAACUCUUAGCAAUCUAUAAAAAAAUGCUUUUAAAACAUGACUCAGUACACACAGGUACACAAUUUAAACAAAGUUUUGCUUCCCCUUAUUAAUAAGUAACAAAGUUAACACCAAAUAUUUAUUUUAUUUUAUCAUUUAUUUUUUGAGACAGAAUCUAUGUUGCCCUCAGAAGGGUGCCAUGGCAUCACAGCUCACAUCAACCUCAAACUCUUGGGCUUAAGCGAUUCUCUUGCCUCAGCCUUUCAAGUAGCUGGGACUACAGGUGCCUGCCACACGCCUGGCCAUUUUUAAUACCAAAUAUUUACUGAUAUUUAAAUACUACUUAGAAAAAUAAGGGAAUAUACAUCCUAUAAAAUCAAACAAAAAGUGAAAAUGCUGUUUGUAACCAACCAGAGUUGUUGACAAUGUUUUGAGAAAGACAGUGCCAGAAGAUAGGCAGGGCUUAGCCUCGGGCAGAAGGGUGGUGGAGGUCCUUGUCUUCCACUGAAGCAGGUAUUGGGAAGGAUGCCUGGGGGCGUAGCUAGGUUUGCUGAAGUGAAAGUGUGAGCAUUCUCAGCUGCUGCACAUACUCUCUGGAUGAGGAGAGAAGGCCAUCUGCCAGAAAGUAAGUGGAGAAGACGUGGGUGAGAAGAAUGGCAAAGAUGUGUGGUAGCCGCAGCAGGCAAUGAAAAAAGGGAUACGAGGCUACAAGUAUGUGACCUGGCUCUGAAGGAGCUGUUGGCCAGAGAACUGUGACCCUAUUGGGAGGGAUCAGACCACCCUCAUGACUGCUGCCCUGUCCAGUCUGGUUCGUUUCUGCUUUCCUCAGCUACCAGUCCUUGGCUCCUGGCACUCUUGGCUUCACCCUAUGUGCUGUAGGUUGUACCAAACAUAAAUCUGGGGGUCUGUCUCAUUUUCCUUUUGUGCCCACCACACACCAUGGAAGUUUCUAGACCUGAAAAAAAUACAUGUUCUUGAUUGAUUGGUCUUCAAAGUAUGGUUUAUUCAAAGUGUGGUUCAUCACAGCUCCAGUAUCACCUGGGAGCUUGUUAUACGUGGAAACCUCAGAGCCCACUUCUGACCUUCUAAUUAAAUUCUACAUUUAAAAUGUAGAUACACACUUGAUUCAUGUGCACAUUAAAAAUUUAAGAAGCACUGUCCUAGAACAGUGGUUCUCAAUCUUGACUACAAAACAGAAUUACCUGAAAAGUUAAAAUGCUUUUUACUGAAGGAAUUAGGAGCUCUGGGACUUGGGACUUGGAGUUUGGGACUUGCAGUUCUACUGUGCAGCAGGGCUGAACCCUGUCUCCUACAACCUUGUUGCAUAUAUCUUAUUUCUUAUAGUCCAUUUAGCUAUAAGGGUCCUUGGUGGACAUUUUGUUCCCAGCAACUCUUCAAGGGGUGAGUCUACACUCAGUCUACACAGAGGUUGACUAGACAUGGCCUGACCCCUCAGUCACCCUCUCCCUGUGUACAUCUGUUAGAAAGUUAUAUCUUUUAUUGAACCAAACUUCUCCCUUAACCUUAACCUGCUGAUUCUUGUUCUAUUCAUGUGGACCAUACAAAACAAAAAUAAUUGCUGUGUAACAGGGGUAUUAUUUUUAAAAAUGCUCCUGAUAGAGUUUCCCUUCCUUCCUUCCUUGGGAGGCAGAUGCUAGAAGGCAGAUGACACCCGCAAGGUGGAAGUGUGAUUUAGAGAAAUUUCUUGAAUUGUUCUCUGAUUAUAAAAAAAAAACAAAAAAGAGGAGAAAGCCUUUGAUACUGAGCGUGGUGGGGGGUGCAUUAAUAGAGGAUGAGAAUGGGUACCAUGGGGCUGGGUGGUGGUGGAGAAGGAGGGAGAGGGAGGAAGUGAAGGGUGAGAACCCUAACAUGGGUUUCUUAGCUCUCUCCCUCAUCCUCAGUUUCAUGAAGGAAAUCCCAGGAAGAUGGUAGGUUAAGUGAGUUAGAAAGAACCAGAGAUGUUUGGGAAAAUCCUGGAGUGAGGAAUGGGGGUUCUUUGUCUUUUUUUGCUAAAGUAUAUCUUGAUACUUUGCAGAAUUUCCAAGGACACAGCUAAGUGGCCCCUCUGUGAAAGAGAACUGAUGUACAUAAUGCUUCCUAUAGGUAGAUUCAAAAUAAGAAAACUGUCUGGAGGGGAGGUGGGGCAAAUGUAGCCUUGCAGUAUGUGAUCUUACCCCAGGACCAUGUGGAGAGAGCAGUCAAGAGGUCCACGGCUCCAAAGAGACCCAGGAACUGAAUGGUGACCCAGAAGUAGCUGUGGGACUUGGGAACCUUAAGACUAAGGACACAACAGGACCCACAGACUUCAGGCAUGAAUGCCUGGGGACCAAAGACAUGGCUAUCUUUAGAGGACAGGGAGGACCUAGAGGACAGUGGAUAAACCAGAAGGGACAUCAGACCUCCCUUUCCAGGUGCCAGAUUUAAACUAAACCCUCCUACUCCCAAAUUUGCUCGCUCCUGGCAGAAGAGCAAAGGUAAGGAGAUGAUGCAGAUUUGACUGAGGUUUAAUUCUGAAGCUAUUCUCCUCCCAUAGCCAGAGUGGAUAUUUCCAGCAAGGAAACUUAUUCCUAUCAUCUGGAAUGAAGACGCUGACUCUUACAGCCAGGUGUGGUGGAGCUGGGUUUAUAACCCUGAUAUCUAAAGCUCAUGGCCAUAGUAUUUCCCUCUGAACUGAUGACCAACGCAGUGGCGCAGACAUCAGGGACGGUCACCCAGAGAAUAAUUUGGGAGCUGAAGGGUAAGCCGAUGGGUAAGCCAUCGCUCUAAGGUAGGUCACUAAACUCCCUCCUGCCUUUUCUCUAAAGAAAGUAGAGUCAGACAUUUAAGGGCAUGGAUUUUUGGAGUCAGAUUGUGCAUAUUCAAAUCUUAACUGCU